CAGCUCCCUGUAAACAAGGUUGCAAGUUAACUUCUGUAUGAAGAUUGUUACAUUUUCAUACAAAUUUGUCUUAAUCUCUGCGUCUUGAUGAGCUCCGCACUAACAAUCACUGGGCCUAUUGCCAAAACACAAUGAUUUGGUUUAUUUUUUUGUCAUUAAUUUCUGAUCUGAAAUGCAUGUCAGGUGAUGCUGCGGCCGCUGAGAUCUUCUCAGUUCGGCAGGAGCCGGAGGUGAUCGAAGUAGCGCCGGGCGGUAACGUUACCAUGAAAUGUCAUUAUCUGGGUGACUUCGCUGCAGGGGGAGAAGUUCGGGUGCAAUGGAAGAGCAAUAUAUCCUCGAUUACCACAGAUCGUGUAAACGUAACCGGAAUCCAGAACGGAUCCUUCUGUCUAAACUUAACGUCCGUACGAAGGAAUCAGAGCGGUACGUACGUUUGUGAGGUGAUUCUAAUAAUUCCCGGAUUAUUACGUAAGGAAGGAAACGGCACUGUCCUUAUUGUAACAGACUCAGCUGCCGGCAGUGAUACCCGAAAGGACAUCUCCUUCGUCGCUUUGUGGACGGCGCUGUCGAUGGCGGCGUUAACUGUGGGAACUGCCUUCCUAAUUCACUGCAAGUACAAAAGAACUAAACCGGCCUCCAGGACCGGCGAAAACGAUUCUCAGGUAUCCGAUGCUCUGCAGCCCGAGGUCCAGUACGCGACGCUGAAUGUCAGAUUAAAAUCCCCGAGUCCAGACAGCCGCAGCGGCCAGGGACAGAUUUCUAACGUGAGCAGAGCUGCUGAAACCACUGAUGUCCUGUUACUCUACUAUUCGAUGAUCCAGACAAUCCGGUGAAGUUUUCCUGAAACAAAAUCUUUGAUUUCUAAUUUUCGUUAUGUGUUACGUUAACGGUAGCCUGUGGUUUAACAUACAUCAUAUAAUGAAUAUUCUUACCAAUAAGUUCAAUAGUAUUAUUAAUACAAUAGUAAUACAAUAUUAAUAUCGCUUAUGUCAUUUCCCUGCCUACAUUUAAUUUCUGUAUUUUUCCGUAAGUUUCUCGAAGCCAUUUAAUUUUCCCGGGAAAUGAUGUAACUUACUUGGUUUGUGAUUUAAUUUUGUAAUUUAAUUUCAAUUUGGUACGAUGAGAGAAUAUUAUAUCAUGCAAAAUAUACUGUUUGUCAUGCAAAAUGUUUGUUCGUUGCAUCAUAUUCAUCCAGUUCCAUGUGUCUGAUGGUCUUAAUACGGAGGAUACGGAGUUUUAUCUUUUUAACUAAAUGGCAUAAUGUUAUGCACUGACACGUGGAGCAUCUUAAAAAUAAUGUAUGUUUUUAUCAUUGAUAUGUUACAUUUAAUUAUUGCAUGCAUCAUAUAUAAAGUAUGUCAUACACCCUGGUAUUAACAA